CACAGCACCAAAAACCUGCUUUUCCCCACUAUUCCGACCACUCACUUCAAUGUGCCGACCGUAGACAUGUGGAUACCUACAGAACAUGAGAAAUACGGAGUCGUGCUGGCCAGUUUCCGAGGGACUGUCCAGCACGGCCUCCCGCUGGAAAUCGGAGACACGGUGCAGAUCCUGGAGAAAUGUGAAGGCUGGUACCGAGGUUUCAUCCUGAAGAACCCAAACAUCAAGGGGAUCUUUCCAUCCAGCUACAUCCACUUGAAGAAUGCCCACGUCAAGAAUAAAGGGCAAUUUGAGACGGUCAUCCCCGUGGAAGACUCUGUCAUCACGGAGAUGACCUCGACAUUGCGAGACUGGGGUGCCAUGUGGAAACAACUCUAUGUGAAGAAUGAGGGGGAUUUGUUCCAUCGACUUUGGCACGUGAUGAAUGAAAUCCUGGACCUGAGGCGGCAGGUGCUGGUGGGUCACCUGACACAUGACCGCAUGAGGGACGUCAAGCAGCACAUCACGGCGAGAUUGGACUGGGGCAACGAACAACUCUGUUUGGACCUGGUCCCCCGGCGAGACUUCAUCAUGGUGGACCCCGAUGAAAUCACCGUCACCGAGCUGUACAGACUGAUGGAACACCGGCAUCGUAAGAAGGAGACCCCCGCGCCCGCCAGCACCCAUCACUUGUUUGUCCAUGUGAAGAGUCUGAUGAGUGCAAAUCUGGGCGAAGAGCUUGAAGUCUUCUUCCACAUUUACGAUGGACGGGAGAACCGGCCCCUCAGUGAAAGGUUCUUUGUCAAGCUGAAUAAGAGCGGGUUGCCCAAGUCGCCCGACAAGACGGAAAGACAAUGCACGCUGUUUGUGGAUUUGGGAAGCAGCGAUCUACGAAAAGAUGUCUACAUCGUUGUGCACAUCAUACGAAUAGGGAGAAUGGGAGCAGGGGAGAAGAAGAAUCUGUGCAGCGUCCAGUACAGGAGGCCGUUUGGCUGUGCUGUCGUCAGCAUCGCCGAUCUCCUCACCGCUGACUCCAAGGAUGACCACCUGCUCAAGGUCUAUGCCUGCAACACAGAGAGCGAGUGGCACCAGACCCACGAGAACUUAAUCAAAAAGGCGAAUUCCCGGUACAGCCUAUCGGGCUCCAACACCGGUCUAGCAGUGGGUCUCCAGCUCCUCCACGGGGAUAUAGAGCAGCUGAGACGGGAGUACAUGGUCCUCUUCACGCGGGGUGUGUCCAUCACCAGGAAACUGGGCUUCUCUGACGUCAUCAUGCCAGGAGAGAUGAGGAAUGACCUUUACAUCACGCUGGAGAAAGGCGAGUUUGAGAAGGGCGGGAAAAGCGUCGCCAGGAACGUAGAGAUCACCGUCUACGUGCUGGAUAUCGACGGACAGAUCCUCAAGAGUCACGUGGCGGCCGGCGCCGGUGAGCCCGGUGGCGAUGCGUACCACUCCUUGGUGCUGUACCACAACAACAGCCCGCGCUGGGCGGAGCAGAUCAAGCUGCCGAUCCCCGUCGACAUGUUCCGCGGGUCACACGUCAGGUUUGAGUUCCGGCACUGCUCCACUAAAGACAAGGGAGAGAAGAAACUGUUUGGCUACUCCUUUGUUCCUCUGAUGCAGGAGGACGGCAGGACUCUGCCAGAUGGCACCCAUGAGCUCAUUAUCCAUAAGUGUGAGGAGAACACCAGCUUGGCAGACUGUCCGCGCUACCUGAAGAUGCCGUUCUCCAAGGCCAACCUCCCGUCCAACAACCAGACUCUGAAAGGCCCCAAGGAGUCUUUCUGGAUCACCAGUUUCCUCUGCUCCACCAAGCUCACGCAGAACGGAGACAUGCUGGACCUGUUGAAGUGGCGAACCCACCCCGAAAGGAUCAACGACAGCCUCUCUAAGCUGAAGGAGAUCGACGGCUCGGAGAUCGUCAAAUUUCUACAGGACACCCUGGACACGCUCUUUGGUAUUCUGGAUGAAAGCUCCCAGAGAUACGGGCUCAAGGUGUUUGAUUCCCUGGUCCAUAUCAUCAACUUGCUCCAGGACAGCAAAUUCCAGCAUUUCAAGCCCGUCAUGGACACCUACAUCGAGAGCCACUUUGCCGGAGCGUUGUCCUACAGGGACCUGAUCAAAGUGCUGAAGUGGUACAUGGACCGCAUUGUUGACGCCGAGCAUCAGGAUCACAUACAACAGGUGCUCAAGGCCAGCGAGUACAUCUUCAAGUACAUCAUCCAGUCUCGCCGGCUCUUCUCAUUGGCCACAGGAGGCCAGAAUGAGGAGGAGUUCCGAGUCUGCAUCCACGAGCUCUUCAUGUCCAUCCGCUUCUUCCUCUCGCAGGAAAACAAAAGCACCAGUCCGAUUGCCCAAACACAGGCGGUGUUCCUGCGGACGUUCCCGGCAGUUUACGGCGAGCUGUUGAAGGUCUUCACGGUGCGCGAGGUGGCCGGCUUCGUCAGGGAGACGCUGGGCAGCCUGCCCACCACCGUCCACUCCGACUGCCUGGAGGCCGUCAAGCUGCAGUGCAUCACCAAGACGGUGGAGAGCCAGCUCUACAUCAACCCAGAGUCGCGGUGCAUCCUGUUGCCGGUGGUGCUCCGUGUCCUUCAGGCCCACAUGCAGGAGCAGAGUGAACUGGUCAUGUGCGCUCGCAUCCUCACCAGCAUGCUGUCGCUCAUCAAGAAGGAGGAGAACGGCACCGUGGAGCCGGCGGUCUCAGAAGAGGUGGAGCUAAUUGUUGAGAACCUGCUGGGAGUUUUACUGAGAACCAUCCUGGAAAUUAGCAACCGACCCCAGCCUACUGGACCUGCCAUGAGACUACAGUUCCAGGAUGUCACGGGGGAGUUUGUGGCAUGUUUGCUCGCCCUUCUGCGACAGAUGAGUGACAGACACUACCAGCAGCUGCUGCAGGCAUUCAGCAACAAGGACAACCUGAGGGACUUUCUUCUUCAGCUCUUCACUGUCUUCAGGAUCCUAAUCCGACCAGAAAUGUUUUCUAAGGACUGGACCGUCAUGCGGUUGGUCACCAACAAUGUCAUCAUCACUACUGUCCUCUACCUUUCUGACGCUCUGAGGAAGAACUUCCUCAACGACAAGUUUGACUACAAGCUGUGGGACUCGUACUUCUAUCUGUCUGUAAUAUUUAUCAACCAGCCGUGUCUUCAGCUGGAGUCCUUCUCUCCCUCCAAGAGGAAGAAGACCCUGGAAAAGUAUGGAGACAUGAGGGUGAUGAUGGGCUGUGAGAUCUUCAGCAUGUGGCAGAAUUUAGGGGAACACAAGUUGAACUUCAUCCCAGCGAUGAUCGGUCCAUUCCUGGAGGUGACGCUGGUGCCUCAGCCUGAUCUGAGGAAUGUCAUGAUCCCCAUCUUCCAUGACAUGAUGGACUGGGAGCAGAGACGCAGUGGCAACUUCAAACAGGUGGAGGCCAAGCUGAUCGACAAGCUGGACAGCCUGAUGUCUGAGGGCAAAGGAGACGAGACGUACCGGGAGCUCUUCAACAGCAUAAUUCCUCUGUUUGGUCCGUACCCUAGCCUGCUGAAGAAAAUCGAGAGAGAGACCUGGAGGGAGAGUGGCAUCUCUCUGAUCGCUACCGUCACUCGCUUAAUGGAGCGGCUGCUGGACUACAGGGAUUGUAUGAAACUGGGAGAAGUGGAUGGAAAAAAGAUUGGAUGUACUGUCAGUCUACUGAACUUCUACAAAACUGAGCUCAACAAAGAGGAGAUGUACAUCCGCUACAUUCACAAACUGUACGACCUGCACUUUAAAGCACAAAACUACACGGAGGCAUCAUACACCCUGCUGCUGUACGAUGAGUUACUGGAGUGGUCAGAAAGGCCGCUCAGAGAGUUCCUGAACUACCCCAUGCAGAGCGAGUGGCAGAGAAAGGAGUAUCUGCACCUCACUAUCGUGCAGAACUUCGACAGGGGGAAGUGUUGGGAGAAUGGCAUCAUCCUGUGCAGAGAGCUGGCGGACCAAUAUGAGUCCUACUACGACUACAGGAACUUGAGCAAGAUGAGGAUGAUGGAAGCCUCCCUCUACGACAAGAUCAUGGACCAGCAAAGACUAGAACCUGAAUUUUUCCGAUUGGGCUUCUAUGGAAAGAAGUUUCCUUUCUUCUUACGGAAUAAAGAGUUUGUGUGCCGCGGCCAUGACUACGAGAGGCUGGAGGCUUUCCAGCAGCGGAUGCUCAACGAGUUUCCCCACGCCAUCGCCAUGCAGCACGUCAACCAGCCGGACCAGACCAUCUACCAGGCGGACGCGCAGUACCUGCAGAUCUACGCUGUCACGCCCAUCCCAGAGAGUCAGGAUGUGCUGCAGAGAGACGGAGUGCCUGACAACAUCAAAAACUUCUACAAGUUCAAUCACAUCUGGAGGUUCAGAUAUGACCGACCCUUCCACAAGGGCACCAAAGACAAAGAGAAUGAAUUCAAGAGCCUGUGGGUGGAGAGGACGACGCUGACUCUGGUCCAGAGUCUUCCCGGCAUCUCCCGCUGGUUCGAAGUGGAUAAGAGGGAGCUGGUGGAGGUGAGCCCGCUGGAGAACGCCAUCGAGGUGAUCGAGAACAAGAACUUGCAGUUACGCACACUGAUCACUCAGUGUCAGAGCCGGCAGAUGCAGAACAUCAACCCGCUCACCAUGUGCCUCAACGGGGUCAUCGACGCCGCUGUCAAUGGAGGGCUGGCCCGCUACCAGGAGGCCUUCUUCGUGAAGGACUACAUUAUGAAUCACCCCGAGGACGGAGAGAAGAUCGGGCGACUGAGGGAACUCAUGUUUGAACAGGCGCACAUCCUGGAGUACGGCCUCGCUGUGCAUGAGAAGUUUGUUCCCCAGGAUAUGCGACCUCUCCACAAGAAGUUAGUGGACCAGUUCCAUCUGAUGAAAUCCAGUCUCGGCAUACAGGAGUUUCCGGCUUAUGUGCGUGCAAGCCCGGUGCACUUCACCAACGGGAGCCCGCGAACAUGCAGCAGGAACUCUGUGCCCAACAUCAUCAGCCCAGACGGUGGCAGAGGUGUUGCCAGGCGGAGCCUCCCCAGCUACCCUGCGGUGAACCGCUACUCCUCGUCCUCUCUGUCGUCUCAGGCCUCCAACGAAGUCAGUAACAUCACGGGGCAAUCGGAGAGUUCGGAUGAAGUCUUCAACAUGCAGCCCAGUCCGUCUACCUCAAGCCUCAGCUCCAACCAUUCUGCCUCGCCCAAUGUCACCAGCUCAGCCCCUUCCAGUGCCAGAGGUUCACCCCAGAUGGCAGAGAAGCACAAGCAUUCCAGAGAAAAUACCUGCCUGUCUCCACGAGACCGACCGGUCAGCGCCAUCUUCCCCAACCCGAUGGACCCGUCACAGAGAGCUGCUCCUCAUCAGAUAGGUGACGCCACUUUACCGAGGAGUGACCCCAACCUGUCGGCGCCGGACAAAGUGCGACCCACGCCCAGUAGCUGGAGCCUAGACAGUGUCAAAGAGGGCGCCCCAUCCUUCUCUGACUCUUUUGGCAAAAUGCUAUGCCCUCCUGUACCUCCUAGGCCACCGUACUCAGGCUCCUCGGCUAAAAACACGAGGUCGCAGUCUCCCGUCUCCACGUCCAGAUCGCCGCAAAAGACCACAGUGCCCCCGUUCACCCCGUCGCCCACCGAGUGCCAGUCCUCCAGCCUGGUCUCCAACUCCCCCGUCCUCUCGGGCAGCUACAGCAGCGGCAUCUCGUCCCUCAGCCGCUGCAGCGUGUCGGAAGCUUCUGGCACCGAGCUGCCCGCCGGCGACCACCUGCACCACCACGCGCUGCCCCCCCCCAACACCUUGCCAAACUCCAUCUCCAGCAGCUCGGACGAGCCCAUCCGCAGAGAGAAUAAGACGCCUCCCCCCUACAGCGUGUACGAGAGGAACAACCCCCGCAGGCCUGUGCCGCUGCCCCACAGUCUCUCCAUCCCCCCACCGACGGACCCCCCGGCCCUCCCACCCAAGCCUCACCAGCUCCGCACUGGCAGCAUGAAGCUGGACGGGACCUCUGACCCUCGAGUCCCCAGACCAAGGCCUCUGCCCAGGAAGGUGUCCCAGCUAUAGGUGCUGGUUUCGGGUCCAGGUCUGGAGAAGAAACACACUGGCGUAUUUUGCACUUUUCUACUGGGCACUCACUUGUUUUUUUGGGAUCUUCAGUUUGGCAUUCCUGACCUACACUCCAAUAAAAGACACGGGCCUCUAGAUUAACAGGCAGUCAAAAAAAAGACUGACGAAACGGUCAAAUAUUGAACGUUUCUGUUUGUAUUUGCUAGAGGGCAUUGCGUUGGCUCUGGCUUGGUCGUUCUGCACUUUUAGCUCCAGCGUGUAUGACAGGUCACCACGGUCAGUCAUCACAUAUGUUUACCAGAACACUCGAAAAACACAGUUUUGAUAGAUGUAAUAAUCUCAAAUAUAUUGGUAUAUAUGAGAAUUGUUUUUGCCUUAAGUAUUGGAAACAGAGUCUUUUAUCCGUGAGUCUUGCACGUUUUUUUUUUUUUAACGACUCGUAUACAUUUGUAUACUAUAUGGCUAAAAAGGUGCUAGAGGCCUCGAGUAUGCAUUUCAGUGAAGUGUAGUAGAAACGGGUGUGUUCCCAUAGUCAUAUCCACACACAAAUUUAACAAUGUAAAACCGCUAAAUGAAAGAGGAAAAAAAGCUGUUAUUUCUGCCAGAUGAAAAAUGUCAUUUUAAUGCAGUGAUUUAAAUAAGUUUGGCAAAGAUAACUUCAGCACAGUAAUGGGAGCAAUUUUGACUCCACGUUGUUUAACUCCACACGGUCAUAUGUAAAUCAGAAAACGAGAGAGGUUUUUGCCGUGGGACGUUGCCAUCAGCACCACUCUUCUGCCCUUCUCCCAAGAAUGAUAAAUCAGCCUUUCACACUUACCAAAAAAAUUGCCCUCAUUUACAAUAAAAUCAUGAGCCUGGACCAAACACGAGGGCGAACGCUGGUGCAAUUGCAUGCUUAGAACUUUGCCUUUGACCAUUUAGAUGAACACACCCUAUCCCUCCUGCAUGAUGGACAUGACAACAGAUCUUAGGGGGUGCGCCAAGUAUUUUGCCAAAGGAAAAUGUACAAUGUGCUGUAAAGAAACUUUUGUUAAACUGGAUCGGAAAGUUUUAAGAGCCAAUUUUGAUUUCACAAAAAGUGAUUUCACCCCCCCCCCCCAAAAAAAAUCCUAAUUAAACUGUUAUGUAUUGAUAGGAUGUAAUUUGAGACGAGCACAAACGACUUCAGCGUCUGUAUUUUGACUGUUUUUAGAAGCAGUCAUUGGAUCAGAGUUUCACUCUCGGCUGCAACCUCAAAACACUCGAGGACUGACACUCUAUUGAAGAAAUAUUUACAAACUAAUCAUUGUUAAAUAUUUGUACAGUUGAGAUUUACUUUGUGUUGAUUCAAAAGAUGGACGUGAGUUGACUGCACUUUGAAUAGUUGCGCGGUUCGACCACAUUGCGUUGCUGCAGUGAAGUACGUUUUCUGUGGCAUUUCACAUUGUGUUUGUAAAAUAGGACGUUUUGGCGUAAAAAUAUUCAUCGAGCGUAAAUGCUGGGCACCAUUUUAAUUUGGGGGGGGGUGGAGGGGGGCUUUGAUAUUGUUUAUAUGUUUCAUUUUUUGUAUUGUUAAUUUACUUUUUUUGAUUUGUUGUGAAUCUUUGAGAUUAAAUAUUCACAUUAAUCAGUACUUGAGAACCUGUAAAUGAUAUGAGAUUAAUGUAAGUAUGCCAAAUAUAAAAUGUGUGUAUUACAAUUAAUGUAAAUAUUGUGUUUUUAACAAAAUGUAGCUAUAACAAUUUACAGCUUUGAAUGAAAUGUUGAAGCAAGCAAAUUAUUAUUAUAAAUGUUCAAACUUUUAUGGUUUUGUGAGUGUAGAAAAACGUAAGGUCAUGCAUAAUGACACCUAACACAUUUACAAGUUCAAUAAACUGCCCUAUGUAAUACAAAUGGACUGAUCGGCAGAUUUCUGUGAUGAGACCUUAGAGAUGUGUGACAUGGAAUCCGUCUUCUUUUAUGAGGUAUUGAGGUUUCUCUCCCAUCACUGCAGACGUCAUGUGACACGAUGCACCCCGAGGUGUCACUGCCACGGCCACACCCUGGUUCACCUUCUACUCCGGAAAGGAGAAGGGGAAGAAGGACUCACAGUUGUUGGCGGGAACCAUUUUCAGAAUGGUUUAUUUUAAAAUGUUCCCAACUUGCUCAGACCGUUUCUUUGUGUUUCCUUGAGAUAAACUGAAAGAGAUGUCUGCAGAUUAGAUGGUACAUCCAUGAGAUUCACUCACUGAUCAUUAAGACUCGAGGUAACGGGUCAUUAGGGACAGAUCCCCACCUGCUGGCUUAAAAAGUGUACCGUAUUUUUUGCACUAUAGGGCGCACUAGAUUAUAAGGCGCACUGUCAAUGAAUGGUCUAUUUUCGAUCUUUUUUCAUAUAUAAAGCGCACCGGAAUAUAAGGCGCAUUAAGCGGAAAAAAAACAGUCAGACAAGUCAGUCGAUCAAACUUUAUUAAACGCGUUCACAAUAAUUCUCAACAUUAUUCAAACGUUAAUGAGCGUAUUCACAAUAACUACCAACCUUAUUCAGUUGUAUUUUGGGAUCCUUAUACACACACUGUAAUAUUAUGGUGAAGCACAGUAUUGUAACGGACUGAGGGAAAGGUUAUGUCCGGAUGUAAGUGAACGUCUCACGAGCUGGUAGCUGUGAGGCGGGUCUGUGAUUGGACAGCGAGUGAUGUUGUUGUGUGUGUGUUGUGUUCCGCGGGUUCGGAGCGGAGCUAUGACCCGGAGCAGACGUGAAGCUGGUUUUGAGGUUUCACGGCGGUUUGUUGUCGUUUUGGCGUAGGCUACGGCCAACAGUAGCUUGUUCUAUGUUCCUUGAAUAAACACCCUAUAAGCCA